CCCUUUGUAAACACAGAUGUACAAGCAGCAUAUCAAAGAAGACUGGAAAGAAACACUUUAACCGUCUUGUACGGCAAUGACCUAGACAUAUCAAGGACUACAACCUUCAUCACAGAUUAUCUAAUUGUUUUUGAUAUAGUAUUUGACCCAGGAUGAAGUUUGCAGAGCAUUUGGGAGCUCACAUUACUCCUGAAUGGAGAAAACAGUAUAUACAGUAUGAGGCAAUGAAAGAAAUGUUGUAUGAAGCACAGGAGCAAGCACCAUCUCCAGAAGUGACAGACGAAGCCACCAUCCACAGAUUUUUCGCUCGGUUUGAUGAACGAUUUUUCCAGUUCUGUGACAAAGAGCUAUCCAAGAUAAACACAUUCUUUUAUGAAAAAAUAUCAGAGGCCAACAGAAAAUAUGCCAGCUUAAAGGCAGAACUGGAUGCUUACAAUGAGCAUGCCCACAAACCAUCCACUUUGGGAGGUCUACGCCGCCGCAAGCGGGACGGGGUGUACGCUCUCUUCAAGGACAAGGAGAACCAAGGACUAUCCCACGCACGCAAGCACAAUGACCUGAAGCUGGCCUUCAGCGAAUUCUACCUCAGUCUCAUCCUGCUACAAAACUACCAAAACCUCAACUUCACAGGGUUCAGAAAGAUUCUUAAGAAACAUGACAAGCUGAUGCAGACACAGAGAGGAGCGGAAUGGCGUCAGGGAAAUGUAGAGAUUGCCCCGUUUUAUACCAACAAAGAGGUGGAUCAUCUGAUCAAAGAGGUGGAGCAAGUUGUAACAACAGAUCUAGAGGGAGGAAAUCGAAGUAAAGCAAUGAAAAGGUUGAGGGUGCCUCCACUAGGAGAAAAGCAAAAUCCAUGGACUACAUUCCGAGUUGGCUUAUUCUCAGGUUGUUUUCUGGUAUUAAUUGUCUGUAUUGUCCUUACUGCUGUUUUUCCAAUUGACACCAGCAUACAAUGGGACACAUCAGUACACAUGUACCGGGGACUAUUCCUGGUCAUCCUCAUGAUAUUCCUCCUUGGCAUUAAUACGUAUGGCUGGAGGUCAUCAGGGGUCAACCAUGUACUCAUAUUUGAGAUUGAUCCAAGACAUCACUUAUCUCACCAACAGUUAUUAGAGCUGGCAGCAUUUCUAGCAGUGUUGUGGGCCCUCAAUGUCCUAGCAUUCCUGUACAGUAAAUUCCUCCAUAUCCCUCCCUAUGCCUGUCCCCUGGCCCUGGUUGUAUUCCUCAUUCUGUAUCUCAUCAAUCCAUUCCGAAUUCUCCACUACAGCUCAAGGAUGUGGCUGCUGAAAAUAUUGUUCCAUAUUUUAACUGCACCUUUUCACCAUGUGGGCUUUGCUGAUUUCUGGCUGGCUGACCAGUUAAACAGUCUUAGCACAGUAUUACUGGACUUUGAAUACAUGAUUUGUUUCUAUGGUUUUGAAGUGGACUGGUUGCCAAAUCCUGAUAAAUCAAAAAUUUGUUCAAGAAAUGUUUAUGCAGUUGCCAUUCGUGCCGUAAUCAGCUGUCUGCCAGCGUGGUGGCGAUUUGCUCAGUGUUUACGGCGUUACCGUGACACCAGACUAGCAUUUCCUCAUUUAGUGAAUGCUGGGAAAUAUUCCACGACAUUCUUUAAUGUUUUGUUUGCUACACUUUAUAAAGUAGAAACAGUGGUAAAUAAUAACACAGAUUCCAUCCAGAACCAUUCUUUCUUUUAUCUGUGGAUAACAUUCGCCAUCAUAAGUUCCUGUUACACGUUAACCUGGGACCUCAAAAUGGAUUGGGGUUUACUUGACUCCAACGCAGGGGAAAACCGAUUUCUCCGAGAGGAGAUUGUUUAUGCCUAUAAGGCCUACUAUUAUUUUGCUAUCAUUGAGGACUCCAUUCUAAGAUUUGUGUGGACUCUACAUGUCUCAUUAGGAGAAGGGAUUCUUUUUAAUCAGAAGGAGGCAUUGGUAACAAUAUUGGCAUCUUUUGAAGUAUUUAGGAGAUUUGUGUGGAAUUUUUUCCGACUGGAAAAUGAGCAUCUCAACAACUGUGGACAGUUCCGAGCGGUGCGGGACAUUUCUAUCGCUCCGAUAGAUUCUAGUGACCAGAACCAGCUGGAGGAAAUGAUGGACGAGGACGACGGAGUGUUUACGUAUCGCAGCGAGAAACGGAAAUUACUCUCCAGUCAGCACAGAAGGAGUAAAAGCUCGGCAUCGCUACGAACUCGACGAUCCUCUGCCCUCUUACGUUUCAUGGACCCGUCGAAAGAAGGAUAAACAUGAUGAAGAGACUACUAAAAUCAAGUGGAACUUCAAGGGUGUGUGAAACUAUAUAUGUUUCCAACAUUUCAACCAGACUGACCCACUCUAUAGAAAAAACAGAGAUUUGAUGUGUUCAGGGGUGAAAGGUCGAGAGAUUUUUUCUGUGAUAAGUACUGCUUGUGAUAUGAAUGUGUAUACAUGUAGUUGAGUAAGGAUGAAUGUACUGCUUUUGUGAAGAGAUGCUAUAAAAAAGAAAAUUUGUUAUAAUUUUCAGGUAAAGAUGGUAUAAUUCUUUCAUCUUAUUUUUUAGUGACCAACUUUAACAAUUCCCAGACCUUGCUAUUAUUCCUUUAAAUGAAAAAGGAUUUCUUUCUUAGCUUUAAUUUUGUCAAAUGUCUUUAAUUUGUUAAGGUCUUUUCAGACAGUUAAGUCAUUAUUAUUUGUUAUACAUUUCUUAAGCAUUUAAUAGCACCAGAUACAUGUAGUUAUUAUGAAAUUAGGAUCUCAAAUGGAAAUUCUCUGCCCCCCUCCCAGCAAUUUUUUGUAAAAUUGUAAAUCAUGUGAUACUUGUAAUACAGUAGGUAAACUGGUUUGAAUUGAUGUGAGUCAAUUACAUUUAGUACAUAUGUACUAAAUUUGUUCCUACUUUGAUGUUUUGACAAAUGGAAAAACAUUUCUUUUUCUACUUAAAUAUGAAUUUUACAUGUACUUACAAUGUAGAUGAUUUUGUGAUUUCUUUUAAUUCUUUUAAUUCACCUCAGUGAGGUCAGCAUGAUAAAAUUUACCAUUACUGUGAUUAUUCUUGGGUGAGUGAUUCUACAUUGGUCCUGGCCCAUGGAUGAAAUUAGAGUUGAAUGUACAAUGAACUGCCAAACAAUUUUUUUCCAUUUUCAUACCCAACUGUGGUCAGCCCUAAUCAUUGAAUGAAGAUUAAUAGAGAGCCAGACUAACAGAAAGACUUUUUGACGUGAGUUGCAAAAAAGUCUUUGAUAGUACAUGUAUUGCAUGUAUAUAGCUCAUUUCUUUUUUCCCUUUUCAUUUCUCUCUUUCAAAAAUUUUGUACUUACCAGGCAUUGUAGGUACUAUAAAACAUAAUACCAGACUUGUAUUAAAAUUAUUAUUUUGUUUAGUUUACACUUAUGUUGUUAUUACCUCAGUUGGAUCUGAGAACCAGGUAUUUUUCUUUGUUGAUAUUUUAUAAAAAAUAUGUUUACAGAACAUGCAGCAUACAUGUAUGUUUAAAAAUAUCUAUUUGUUUGAUGUAAAAUGUUAAAGAUUUCAAUUGAGUAUUUUAUUUGUAUUUUAUUUUCCAGAAACAUUUUAAUUAAUCAGAUUUGUUUUAAUUAUAUAAACAUGCAUGUAUUCAAUAUAGUUGUACAGUACAUGUAUAUGAAUAGCAAGUAAUAAAUAACAAUGGGAGUAGAAUGUUGUAUUGUUUGUAGUAACAGUAAAACUCGCUUAUAAUGAAGUCACUGGGACUCAUGAAUUUACUUCGCUAUACCUGUAAUUUGUUAUGUUCGUACAAGAAAUUCGUAAAAUUGAUAUAGCUUAGGAUUCAAGAUAACUUCCCUAUAUCCAUGAAAUUGCAAUAACCGUGUACAAACUAAAUGAGUUUUACUGUAUAUUGUGACUAGGCUUUGAAAUACAUGUGUACAUGUAUAAGUACAUGAACUGUAUGUACCAGGUAAUAAUUUUACACACUUAUAUUAACUGUAUUAUAUUUGUUAAACUAUGUAUUCUGAUCCACUUGAAACAGGUCAGUAUUUCAAAUCAGUAUAGUUAUGUGCAACGAAUUCCAAGAUUCCAUGACCAGCCAAAAUUGCUGUUAUUUAUUCAAUCCAGUCUGUUAUGUAUUAUUUCUCCGCAAUACUUAAUUGAAAAAAUCAUAUCUGUAUUACAAUUGUGAUUUUAAGAUUAGUACAUGUAAAAACAUCCAUAGCAAAGGGUCCCAGUUAUACAUGUAUAUGUCAACAUUUAUAUGACUGUGUGAAAUAUCCGCUAGAUGUAAAACAGUUUUUAGAUUUUUUAAAAUUAUAAAAUAGGAUAACUGUUAGUCUUAGCAGUCCGGUUCUUGACUUUGCAAUUGGCAAAUAAAAAAGUUUGCAUAUUAUACGUGGUUUACAGUGACUAUAAGCUUGAUUUUAUGUGGUUGUCCUCUGAUUUAUUAAUCAGAUUAUAUUAGUUAAUAAUUUUCUUUUCUGUGAUCUAGGACUUUUCAAUGUUUGACCAUUUGUCUAUGUUUAUAAAAAUUUGGUGCUGAUGUACUUGUCUCUUGUUAUAGAAAAUUAGUUGUGAUUCCCCACCUUCCUGUAAUAGAAUGACCAUUUGAUUUGGAGGGGGGGAUGCUGGCUGGCAGGUUUUAAAGAUAAAGAAUAAACACCCAUACCCCCUCAAAAUAGAGUUUUGGAUAUUGACAGUUUCUGCCAAACUUUUUUCAUCAAAGAAGAAAUUAAAUAAUCUGCCCUUGAUCAUCUAGAAAGGAAAUAAUCUACAUUUAAUCUUGACUUAUGAACACAAAAAUAAGUAACUCUCCUCCUUCAGAAUCAAAUCAAGUGGUCGUCCACUUUAUAGUAUUGAACAGAACUCCUACAUUUGAUGCAUAAUAUAAAAAAAAAAUAAUAAAUGCCAGUUGAUUUGUUUCUAGUCAAACAUGUCAAGGUUAGAGCAAUAUAUAUGUAACUUUUUUAUGUUGUUGAAAAUUGUCCAUCUGCAAAAAGUGCUAAAUACUGCUUGCUGUGUCUUAUUGAAGUUCAUGUGAAAUUUCAAAACAUAUACAUAUUCAAAACCCAAAUAAAUCUUUAAUUAAUAAGA